AUUUUAAAAACCUUAAUAAAACAAAAUGUCAUUUUGUAGACAUUCUGAACCCGUUGCUCUUCAGCGUAUUUGGAAAGCAAUUGAUGUCAUUCGUGGCCAACGUCAAAUUGCCAAUCUUUCCCGAAUAUCUAAAGUUAUUCAAAGAGAGUACUCCUAUACUCCAAAAGAAAUUUUACAUCAUAUUUUGAAGGCUGUGAAGGACAAUAUGGUUGUAGAAACGGUUUCAGUUGGUUGCAAAGGUUCCAAAGCUGGGAUGGAACAAGAAGGUUAUUGGAUUCCAGAGGAUUCUAAAGUUCACUGGUAUGAACAAACUCAUGAUUGGUAUUGUUUCAUAUGUCAUAAACCUGGUAGAGUCUUGAAAUGCAAAGAUUGUGUGAAAGCUUUUCAUAAGGAAUGUAUGGAAAAUUCAAUAGAAGAAACCAAAAGUUGUAAAUACUGUAGACGGAAAAAUACUGCGUUAUUGGAUGUCAAUCAUACCAGAAAAAGUAAGGAAAUAUUUAACAAAUGUUUGAGAUUUAUUGCUCACCGAGCAAUGGAAAAUUUUCCAGAGAUAUCGCAUCAUCCUGAUGCGGAAGGUUAUAUGCAUUAUAAUUACUUUAUAAAGCAGCAUAUGAAUUUAUAUGAACUGGAGAAGUUAUGUAAAGAGAAUAAAUUUGAAGUUGCCUUGGAUUUUCUUUGUUAUGUAGAACUGAUUGUUCAUAAUUGCAUACUUCUGCUCGGUGAAAACCAUGAAUAUUCAAAAUCUGCCAAAAGUGUGUUGGAAACAUGUAUGCAUGAGGUCAAGGAAUUGUCUUUAUGCUCUAACUGUUACUUUCUGUCCAGCACAAAACCAACAAAAGAUUGGUUUAGCGCUCCAUGUCAGCCACCUCAUAGAGUUGUUUGGGCCAAGCAAAAAGGAUUUGAAUAUUGGCCUGCUAAGGUUAUUCAAGUGAAUAAUGAUCAAGUGGAUGUUCGAUUUUUUGGUGGUCAUCAUGAGAGAGCAUGGGUUAAAGUUGAUAGUAUGAGAAGCAUUGUUGUUAGUCCUUCAGAAUUACAAAUCAAGAUAACUAAAAGUUGGAAUAAAGCUAAUGCUGAAAUGAAAGAAUACAUCAUACAGACUGAAAAAGUUUAUGGGUCAAACUAUGCUGCUCAAAUUGUUUCUUUUGACUAUGAAUGUUCAAGCGAGGAAUCCUCUGAUAGAGGACAAGAACUUUCAAACAUUGAGCUACAGACAAAAGCAGCAAAGCGUAAGGCAAAUCCGAAGGACUCUACGACAGAAAAACAAGGCAAAAUUCGUUUAAAAAUCUCAAAGUCUAGGCUUAAACCGGAGAACAUAACUGAAUCUGAAAGCAAUACUAGUGGAAGUUCUGCUGUGAUAGGGAUUAUACAAACUACGCAUGCAGAUAGAAAAAAGCAGAUCUUAGUGCUUGGUGAAAAGGCAAAACCGAAUAGUGAAUGUGCUCGUACUUGGCAAUAUGGAACUGAUUGCAUUGUUUUAAUCAAAAAAUAUAAUUUGAAGAAAAAAUACUCUGGUCUUGCAUACCCAAAUAUCCAAAGUUCUAGAAAAGCACACAAAGUGGAAUCAGAAAAAAAUCAAUUGUCCAAGUCAUUUAAAUGCAACUGUCGUAAACGAUAUCAAUUAGUGUUAUCUCGAUAUAAAGCAUCUGUGAGAAAAAUGAGAACAGUAGAGCGAAAGCAUUUGUUGAUUUCAAGUGCAUUGUACAUUCGGCGAUAUUUAAAACAGCAAUUCACUCGGGCACAAGAUCUUGAAGAGGAAGUAGCUCGAUUAAAAUCAGAAAAUAAAUUGCUUAAAUCAAGAUUUCCUGAGAACGCUGAAAGUGCAGUAAUGGACACGACAAUAUUAAUUUAAUUUUUCUUACAUAACUUGGAUCUGAUUAUCACUAUAUUAUUUGGAUAUCCUCAGUCAUCAAUUUGUUUCAUAUAUAUAUUAAAAAUUGGGCGCUCCAGGAGUAUGUGUACUAGUACUGAAACCUAUGGGCAGGGGCUAUAUUCACUUGGCUAACACAGACAGUCCCUGAACUCCCUAAUAGAACUAAAAUGAGGAAAAUCCUAAUGAAUUAUGUCCUAACCCUAUCCUGGUACACACAUUUCGGGAGUACAGAAAAUUGCAUGCGUUAACGCCAACUGUGCAUCUGUCAAUGAAUCUGUUAAAUUUAACCUUGUCAUUAUACUGAAAAUUCAUCUCUGUGUAUGCCUUUAAAAAUUUUAAGUAUGAAAAUGAAAAAUAAAAAUGGCUGCUUUCAUGUUUCAUAUAGCCUUGCAUCGCAAGACUUGUCUUUUUAUUUUCAUCGAUGUGUUAUGUUUUUAUCUACAGUGGUUACAAACCUGUAUAUCAAUCACUGUUCAAUACUUUGGAAUGAAAAUAAUACAGAUAGAAUUUUUUUUCAAUCAUGACUUACAAUAUUUCUUUUUCUACAUGAAUCUUGAGUUUGGCUUGGUAUUACCGUCUCUUUGUAAUCAUGCUUUCUACAAAAUUCACAUUUACUCAACAUCACGAUGCUCGCCAAUACUGCUACUCCAAUAACCUAAGUUGGUAAAAAUGUUGCUGAUAUUUAGCCAUAUCAAAUUAAUUUCAAUUCAAUCAAUUGGAAGGAAUUUUUUUUCAAUUUAAAUACUGUAGUUAUAUCGGUUCUGCUAAUGUUUUAAUAUAAAAAUGAACAAUUCAAAAAAGGUAACAAUGUCACAUUAGUUUUGGCCAAUUUUUUAGAAUACUGGGUUCAUACUAGCAUAAAUUAUCAGAUACUGGUAAUCUCAUUUUUGGACAUAUGGAGAAAACUCCAUUAAUAUCAAAUAUUUAUAAUUGAAAUUCAUCGAAACAAUCCAGGUUA